UUGGUAAAGCUAAGCUGACAGAGCAAAGAAAGCUAAUCAACUGUUCUAAUAUUCAUGGACAACCAGGUCCAAUUUUGUGCCUACUGUGUAUCAGAGCUGGGUGUCAAUGGAUAGAGGAUAGCUGUUCCUGGGCCAGUCAUCUUGCUGAAUAUACCCAGGACCAUAUAUGCCCAAAGAUGGAGGCUGGGAUGAACAUUUCUAUGCCAGAUAUUGGAUCCAUUACGCCUAGUGUUGUGUCUCUUUAUGGGAAAAACCACGCUUUGUUGUUAGGUCAUCACCUCAGCAACGUCAUCGGAGUGAGAAUCCAGCCGCUCAUGGAAUGUAGUCCACAGGAAUGCCCUGUGUGGAACAAGACUGGUGUCAGCUUGACUUUCCAUAUCCCGUCCACUGAAACUAAGAGAGUGGUCAAAGUGUGUCUUCUUCUACCAGAUGGUAGUUGCCAUGGAAAUGCAACAAUCACCUAUCAGUCAUCACCAGUCUGCACUGACAUUGUACCACGGAGCAGCUGGAGGAGUGGAAAGAGGAAAGUUAAACUCAUUGGGACACACCUGGAUUUUGUGGAGGGGAUGAUACAGAGCCAUGCCCACCAGCAAGUGUCACUUCCCGGGAACAGGAGCUUCCAGAUGAUCACCUAUGAAACCCCUGCUGCUGGAAACACCCAGAUUUGUAGCAGUACCGUGUUGAUGAGAGUAGCCAAUAAAACAGUGGCCUGCUUGGUAAACCUAACUUACCAUCCUGAUCCGGAGUUUACCGGCUUCACCACGGAGAAGCUGGCACAUGAUACACGCAUUAUUAUCAAUAAAAAUGUGGAUAAACUGGAGAUGACAACUACAGAUUUGUUAGUGUGGGCUGUUCUGGAUGAAAAGCAACAUCCCUGCAUCUUGAAAGUAAAGGAAAACAAUAACAAAACAGACUCUAUUAUCUGUGAAAUCCGAGGGGUUCACAAUGCUAACUUUAUGGAUAUAAAGGCAAUAUGA